AUGACUAUCUUUAUUGCUUCGCUCUUUUUACCCUACACCGUCAACUUCCAUCUGGACGGGCUGUCCACCAAAUCUCCCCAUGGCAGCCCCAAGUGGAAGCCACUGAAGGGAAGCCAUCCCCGCAGCGAUGCCACGGCCGCUGCAAGCCUCUUCCCCAAACGCGAAGAUGAGUCCGAAUCCGCAAAGAAAGGACAUGAGCAUAUUUUCUCCAAAUCAACAGAACUCGAACCACUGGCUGAGUAUCCGUUUCCCGCCUCCGAAAAUACACAGUUAAAUGGCUUUUCGCAAAGUGAAGCUCACUCCCCGGCUUGGGGCUCCACGCACACCUUCAAUCAGCCGAGACCGAGAAAUGUCACGCUUCCGUCGCCGUCGAUCUUGAAGCACCAGGAGCCUAUCGCUACUGCAGUCCCUGAGAAGCCAGCUAUGGGGGUCAACAGCCAGAAAGCGCAGGAGCAUGUCAUCCGCUCGGCAUCUCACAGCCUUCAUUCCUUCUCUGACGCAACCUGGACUGUUGAACCUGCAGAACGAGGAAACCCCGGCCUGCGAAACGCAGUUCGCUCGGCGUCGGAUGCAUCAGCUGUGGAAGAAACGGUAUGGGUGGGGACAUUAGGCAUGCCAACGGAUGCGUUGGACUCUUACGUCAAAUCAGAAAUUGCCGAGAGCUUGGAAGAUGAAUACCAGUCGCUAGUUGUGUAUAUCAGCGACGGCGAUUUUGAUGGGCAUUAUUCUCACUUUUGCAAAACUAUCCUGUGGCCCGUAUUUCAUUACCAGAUUCCGGACAACCCCAAGAGCAAAGCAUAUGAAGAUCAUUCGUGGAUAUACUACGUCAAGCUCAACGAGGCUUUCGCACAACGCAUUGCCAAGAAUUGGCGUCGUGGCGACGCUAUUUGGGUACACGACUACCAUCUUCUGCUGGUCCCUGCAAUGCUGCGCAAGCUGUUGCCAGAUGCGCAAAUUGGGUUUUUCCUGCAUGUGGCUUUUCCCUCGUCAGAGGUUUUCCGUUGUCUAGCGCCACGGAAAGAGCUUCUUGUGGGUGUCUUGGGUGCAGACCUUAUCGGAUUUCAGACUGAUGAGUACUGUCGUCAUUUCCUACAAACCUGCAGCCGUAUCUUAUGCGUCGAGGCCCGCAAUGACGGCGUGCAAUUGGAGGAUCGGUUUGUGAAUGUCGGCAAGUUUCCAAUUGGCAUUGACCCGACGUCCUGGGACGAUAGACGCCGCAGCUCUGAUGUGGAUCAAUGGAUCAAGGUCAUUUCGGAGAAAUACCAAGGCAAACGGUUGAUUGUGUCGAGAGAUAAACUCGAUACGAUUCGGGGAGUGCGCCAGAAGCUGUUGAGUUAUGAGCUUUUUCUGAACACGUACCCCGAGUUUCGCGAUCAAGUUGUUUUAAUUCAAGUCGCAUCAUCCGCCAACGAACCGUCUGAGUUGGAAACCACAGUUUCUGAUAUCGCGAUGAGAAUCAACUCAACACAUUCAACACUAGCUCACCAGCCUCUGGUAUUUCUAAAGCAAGAUCUCAGCUUCGCACAGUAUCUAGCCCUGAUAACCGUAGCCGAUGCGCUAAUGGUAACAAGUCUCCGCGAGGGCAUGAACCUUACAAGUCACGAGUUUGUCUACUGCCAGGAUGGGCAAUAUGGCCCCAAAGCUUAUGGAUCCCUGAUUCUGAGCGAGUUCACUGGAAGUGCGUCAAUCUUCGAUGGCCAUGCCCUACUCGUUAACCCCUGGGACUACCGCCAAUGUGCAGAAGCCAUCCAUACUGCACUAACCCUCAGCGACUCCGAGAGGGGGACCAUGUGGCGCAAACUGUAUGAUGCAGUGCUACAGAACUCUACUACCAACUGGGUCAAGUCGUUCCGGGAUGCGUUGUCCAAGGUGUAUGAUGAACACUCUUCGCGAGAAACCACGUCUGUCUCACGCCUUUCGAUCUCGUGGCUGGAGGAGGAGUACCGCAAGUCCGAGCGCCGGCUUCUCAUCCUCGAUUAUGAGGGCACUCUAGCAUCUUGGGGUUCGCCGAGCAGCAUUAUCCUGACGACGCCACAGCGUGCACUGGUCACUCUGAGAGACCUGCUCGAAGACCCCAAGAACAUCGUCUAUGUGACCAGCUCCCGACGACCUGAAGAGAUGGAACGCCUGUUUCGACAGGUCUCGGGGCUCGGUCUGAUAGCUGAGAAUGGAUGCUUCAUCCGAGAACCGUCGAAGGAUAGCUGGAUCAAACUCAACGAAGAGAACCACACCAAAGAAUGGAAGGCAGGCACAAAGGGGAUCCUCAAUUAUUUCCGCGAAAGAACAGAAGGCAGCUGGAUAGAGGAACUGCAUUGUUCGCUCGUGUUUCAUUACGGAGAUGCAGAGGACAAGGUUGUCGCGGCUCGCCAAGCGUCAGAGUGCGCAGGACAGAUCAAUGACGCCUGUGCGAACCAGGGCGUGCAUGUGAUUCCGGUCGAGGGGGCGCUGAUUAUACAGUCAUUGGAGUCGAAUAAGGCGAAUGCAGCAGAGCUUAUAUGGCGGUAUUGCAUUGAGCGCGGCAAAGUGGGGGGGUACACGGGCCGACCUGAUUUUUUGCUGGUGAUUGGGGACAGUCGAGAGGAUGAGGUGGUGUUCCGCUGGGCAAACAAGCUGGCGGAAUCCAAGGCUGUCAAGAGCUGCAUGACGGUGACAUUGGGCACGAGAAGUACGGAGGCUAAGUCGACGUUGACUCAGGGAGUUACAGGCGUCCUUUCCUGCCUUCAGCGACUUGCCGCGUCCACUCAGACGGAAACACUCUCUCACAAUUAA